AGUCACUGGACUGGACUGCUUUUGGAUUUGCACACUGCCCAGCCUUUCAUCCCUCUCCCUUGAUUGCGUCUCUCUCCUGCCGUUGCUUUGGCCAGUUCCUGCUCACCACUCUCUGCCACUCAGAGGUGGCUGUACAGGGGUGGCUUUACAGGAGCUGUGAAGACGAGGUGGGAGACAACCUAUAGGUGAGGUGCUCUGUAGCUGGCUGGCUGAAUGGCAGCCACUGCAGGAGUGGAGCAAAGAGAAUGUGGCUGGUAGCUGAAAAGGACUUUGUCUGUUUCCUGCUCCCCAACAUCAUCCCCAGCCAGUAGAGCAUGGCAGCUGUCUCCUCCCCUUUUGAUGCUACACCCCUUCCUUCCAUUGAGACCUCUAGACCAGUCAGCAGUGUGUCCAGGACAGCUGCGCUGGGCAGCUGCUGAAGUAAUUUAUGCUGCAGCCCCCAUAGCCACAAUCCCUGCUAAAACGAUGAUCAGGCUGACCAAUUUUAGCAUUGAUGCCCCGCGCUGGGACCAGAACACUUUUGUGGGGCGCCUAAAACAUUUCUUCAACAUCACAGACCCGCGGACGGUGCUGGUGUCAGAACAUGAGCUGGACAGGGCUAAGGCGCUGGUGGAAAGCUGCAGGGCUGGGCUGGUACCCCCGGGAACCAGCCAGGAACAGCUGUUCUACGCCAAGAAGCUCUACGACUCUGCAUUCCACCCAGACUCUGGCGAGAAGAUGAACCUGAUUGGGAGGAUGUCAUUUCAGGUGCCCGGGGGAAUGGCCAUCACUGGCUUCAUGCUGCAGUUUUACAGGACGGUCCCGGCGGUGGUUUUCUGGCAAUGGGUGAACCAAUCGUUCAACGCCUUGGUGAACUACACCAACAGGAACGCGGCCUGCCCAAUCUCGCUCACGCAAAUCGGAGUGGCUUACGUGUCUGCCACCAGCACAGCCCUGGCGACUGCAGUGGGACUCAACCUGUACACCAAGAGAGCCCCGCCCCUCAUGGCACGCUGGGUCCCAUUCGCAGCCGUAGCUGCCGCCAACUGUGUGAACAUCCCCAUGAUGAGGCAACAGGAACUCAUUAACGGGAUCAUGGUGACAGAUGAGAAGGACUGUGAGCUGGGCCAUUCCAGGGUCGCUGCGGCCAAGGGGAUUACCCAGGUGGUGGUCUCCAGGAUCGUCAUGGCAGCACCUGGCAUGGUUCUUUUGCCGAUUCUCAUGGAGCGGCUGGAGAAGCUCCCCUUCAUGAAGAGAAUUCAGGUCCUCCACGCACCUUUACAAGUGAUGCUGGCCGGGGGCUUACAGGCUCCUGCUGAAUCCUUGGGUGACUGGUCUCCAGAAGUGGAGGAGAAAGAAGCAUCAGGAGCAGACCAAGGAUCUGCAAUAUACUGGGCCCUGCUGCCAUGCUGUGGAUCAGAGGAAGGGGAAAGGACCCAAGGAGAAGGUCCCCCUUGCCUCCUAUUCAUGGUGCCCGUUGCCUGCUCGCUGUUCCCACAGAAAUGCUCUCUGGCGCUGUCUAGCCUGGAGCCGGAGCUCCGAGCCUGCAUCCAGGCCACGCACGGGGACUGCGUGCCUUACGUCUAUUUUAACAAGGGAUUGUAAAUCGAGCAUCUCCCUCAGGAGCCGUCCACGGGCCUGCACCGCGCUCCGUAGGGCCGCCUGCAGCUGCAGAGCUGUAAUCUGGAGAUGGGCUCGGGACAUACCAAUCGGACCUGGAUUCCCCCACCCUGGCUGCCAAAGGAGUUGGCGGGGGAGAGGCAGAUCUAGAGGUGACUUCUGGCUCCUCUUUGGUUUAACCCUGUAUCUUCUGCUCCCCCAACCAGAUUUGGGGCCUGUCUCUGAGUGACUGACACCUGUGGGGGGCAUUACAUCUGUUGCACUGGUGUUGGCCCGCUAGUGGAAAGAGUCGGAAAUGUGCCCUCUUCAGCAAAGCCGUCACUGGGCACCAUAGGUCAACAGACCCCUGGGCCUUAGCAGCAGUUCCUCCUUGUCGCUGGCUAAUCCAGGAAAGAGCACCUCCUGCUGCCUUAACUCCUCCCAUUGGGUCUGACCCGCGGGAGGCUGGAACGACCUUGGCGUGCCAGGAUCCUGUUCGCUUAGUUGUUGGACUGAUGCCACCUGUUGCAAAGUGCCUGAGAACUGGUCUGAUUGCUGUAGGUAUCCCAGCCAGGUGCCCUGGUCCAAGCACAUGGCUGAAGGCUCUUGCAGUCCUGUGCCCCUUUCUCUGUGACAGAUUACUGCUCUGUUCCCCUGUUUAGACGGCUCCCUCCCCUGCCCUUGCUCCUCCUGCUUAGCAGGAUGGGGGUAGCUGGGUACUAUACACAUGGUGCUAUCUCUCUUCUGUUCAGGGAGGCAGGAUGGGCUCUGCCAUCCAUGUUGCAGGUCAUAUACAGUACAAUUGAUGCCAACUUAUGUCCUGCAGCUGUGAACUGAAUUCUGCUCUCAGUUAAACAGGGGCCAUUAUUCCAGCUACACCCCAGAUUAAGAAAGGUCAAAAUUUGGCCCUGGUCUUUGUUCACCUGCCUUCAGAAGGCACCAGCCUCUUCUGACUAAAUAACUAAUUAAUAUGCAACCACAUUUGAUGUCUUAAACAGCCAUGGCCUUUCCGUAAACAUGUAGGGCUGGAUUCUCGGCAUUUGAGCAGUGCAAACAGACUGCACAUGCAGAUUGAGCACUUGCACGCACAAGGACCAGAAUGUUUUGAAAACGUGUCCCUUACCUUCAAGUGUUUAGGUCCCAGAUUUGUCUUGUUUUGCAGUCCAUACAAUGGAGUGUGAAAUGGCCUGAUGCUUUUAUCCUCUCUUUUCCUUAAAUCCACCAUACCAUUGCCUGUAAUUGGAAGAACCAAUGAUCAUCACUGUUUGUGUGGUCCUACUCAACACAAGCUACUCUUGGAGCUGUGCUGGCAUCAGUGCAACUGGGGCACAGAGUGGGGACAAGGUGGGAUCUCUGUCAAUUUCAACCUCCUCUAACGUGAGGGAGGAAAAAUUCAGGAUUCACAAGAAACCUGUUGGGUAAGGAAAUGUUAAUUGUAAGCUUUCGACAGGGAGAAGUUGUUACAAACAAUGGAGAGGGGGAGAAAUAAAAUCUGAGGAUUUUUAAAACUC